AAGUUUCUUUCUGAACCUGAUGCACGUGCCAGUGUACCAAAUUUGCUUAUGGACCACGAGAAAAGGCUUCAUGUCAUAAAUUGAGCUGGGUUUCAAAUCCUUCACUCUACGAAAACCCUAGCUGAAUCCUAAACUUCUUGGAGGAUAAAUAGCCUACUCGCCCCAUCAGAGAGCUCCACCGCUGCUCAAAAACAUCACAAAGAAGAUAAUCCGCAAAAAUCACUUUCCCAUUGCCAAACAGGUGAAAUUACAAGUACCACAGUUUAUCAAACAGGGUUUCCAGCUUUCACCCUACCAAUUUUCACCUGCAUCCCACAAUAUAUGAAAGUCAGCAGCAGGGGUGAUUCCCAGGGACACUGCAGUGAAAGUUAUCAAACACUACCUAAAGCACGUAGCACAACACACAGAUAAAUAUCCAUGGCAACAUUGCAGGCCAUCUCCUCCUCCUGUAACAGUACAAGGCUCUCUAACUAUCUUCCAGAAGGUACAACUUCGCAUGGGGAUAGGAUCCAGGACGGAAAGAAUUCAUCUCGUUAUCUGAAGAUUGGCACAAAGUUGAGUGGGUUUUGUGGUACUGCAAUCAUUCAUCACACUCGCCGCCUCACUCAAGGAUCUCAUUCCAGUGUUAUUAAGAUGGCAGUAACUAGUGAUGAGACAGACAUACAUGUGACUCUCAAGGGAACAGGGUUACGUGGGAAUCUUAAUAAAGUGGUUUUAGCCUACAGCGGUGGCUUGGACACUUCAGUUAUUGUGCCGUGGCUGAGGGAGAACUAUGGUUGUGAUGUAGUAUGCUUCACUGCAGAUGUUGGGCAGGGUAUACAAGAGCUGGAGGGUCUGGAGGCAAAGGCUAAAUCAAGUGGUGCAAGUCAGUUAGUUGUAAGGGAUUUAAAAGAGGAGUUUGUGAAGGACUUUAUAUUUCCUUGUUUGCGUGCCGGUGCCAUUUAUGAAAGAAAGUACUUGCUAGGUACUUCAAUGGCACGCCCUGUUAUUGCUAAGGCUAUGGUUGAGGUUGCAAAAGAGGUUGGAGCAGAUGCUGUUUCUCAUGGAUGCACUGGGAAGGGCAAUGACCAGGUGCGAUUUGAGCUAACGUUCUUUGCAUUAAACCCCCAACUCCAUGUGGUUGCACCUUGGCGUGAGUGGGACAUCAAAGGGAGAGAAGAUGCUAUUGAAUAUGCGAAGAAGCACAAUGUUACAGUUCCUGUGACGAAGAAAUCUAUCUACAGCAGAGACCGUAACCUUUGGCACCUUAGCCAUGAGGGGGACAUUCUGGAGGACCCAGCUAACGAACCAAGUAAGAAUAUGUAUAUGAUGAGUACUGAUCCUGAAGAUGCCCCUAACAAGCCAGAAUACAUAGAGGUCGGCAUAGUCGCUGGGCUACCAGUAUCAGUAAAUGGGGAGAAGCUAUCUCCUGCUACGCUUCUCGCAAGACUCAAUGAGUUCGGAGGCCGUCAUGGAAUUGGUCGAAUUGACAUGGUCGAGAACCGACUGGUGGGUAUGAAGAGCCGAGGUGUGUACGAAACACCAGGUGGCACAAUCCUAUUUGCUGCCACCAGGGAGCUUGAAACCCUAACUCUAGAUCGAGAGUCUAUGCAAGCGAAAGAUGCUCUUGCCCUUAAGUAUGCCGAGCUCGUUUAUGCAGGUCGGUGGUUUGACCCAUUGAGAGAAAGUAUGGAUGCUUUUAUGGAAAAGAUAUCCGAGAACACAACCGGAUCGGUGGUGCUUAAGCUAUACAAAGGGUCAGUUAAUGUAGCAGGUUUGAAGAGUGAGAAGAGCUUGUAUCGACAGGACAUAUCAUCAUUUGAGACGGGGGAUAUCUAUGAUCAGGCAGAUGCAAAGGGCUUUAUUAGGUUGUAUGGGCUCCCAACCAGGGUGCGAGCAAUGCUUGAGAGGGGGCUCUGAGGGGCUUUUUGAGGGGUUUGGGACUUGCUAGGGUCUCUUUUUCUCUCUCUCUCUCUCUCUGUCUAUCAAUCCAUGGGUUUCUCUUGUUGCGGAUUAUGAGUAAGCAGUUUUUCGAUGUCAUGAAAUUUUUGGCUUUUGGUGAUUAUUUAUGUGUAACAUUUGGCUGAAAAUUUUGGAUUCUUAGAUGGACUCUAUCUCUCGCACACACACACCAUGUGUCUGGUGUGUAUUUGUGAAUGCAGUGAGUGGGAAAGUAAAAUUUUAUUGGGAAGAUUGGACAUAAAAUAUAUGUUUUCUGUUCUCAGCCA